AUGCCACGCUUUCUAGACACGUUAACAGGCCAAUUCGUCUGGAAGGACAGUCCGGCCAACGUCAUCUAUGCUAUUCUAUCCCAUACAUGGCGAUCUGCGGAACAAGGCAGCGAGCAAUCCUACGACGAUGUCUGUAAACUCCAAGCUGAGGCUGGGUACCGCCUGAUCUGGAACGACGCGUGCUGCAUCGACAAGUCGAGCAGUGCCGAGCUCACCGAGGCUAUCAAUUCCAUGUUCCAGUGGUACCGGCUCGCAGAUGUGUGCUACGUCUACCUCGCGGACGUACCGGACGAAGAUGCCUUCGGGGCUCGCUUUGCGCGAAGCAAAUGGCACCGGCGCGGGUGGACGUUGCAGGAACUCAUCGCUCCGAAGCGGGUGGUAUUUCUCACCCAGAACUGGCGCAUGAUUGGCACAAAGUUCGGGCUAGCGCUGACGCUGGAGAAGAUCACCAAUAUCGACUUCAACGUUCUCACUGGCCGCGCUGCCCUCGACUCGAUCAGCGUGGCGCGGAGGAUGUCCUGGGCCGCUCGACGGGAGACCACGCGCGUCAAGGACAGGGCGUACUCGCUCUUGGGGAUCUUCGGCGUCCAUAUGCCCACAAUCUACGGCGAAGGGAGCAACGCGUUUCUCCGUCUCCAGGAGGAAAUCAUCAAGGCCAUCCCCGAUCAAAGCAUCUUUGCCUGGGGCCGCGCUUGCGUCUUGGCGUCAUCGCAUGUCAAGGACAACCGGCUGCCUGGAGACACAGACGGCUACGGCCUCCUCGCAGAGUCGCCAGCUGCUUUCUCCGGUUCUGGCGACGUUUGUCCG